AGCCACUGGGUCAACAUGAAAGUCCUCAUUGAGGAGCUUCACUCCAGAGGCCACGAAAUCACAGUGGUACGGCCAUCAGACAGUUGGUACAUCAAGCCAGAGUCCCCACACUACAAGUCCAUCACUAUAAAUUCCGCUACUGGAUUUGAUGAGAAAACCUUAAGCUCAUUUGUAACCAAAAUGCUGAACAUGCGGCGGGAAGGUGCUUCACUUUGGCGUCGGAUAUCUCUGGAAUAUGAACUAGUGGAACAGUUCUAUCAGUUGAAUAAGCAGGUGCUUCAGAUGGUGGAGGAGAUGUUUGAGAAUACUAAACUGAUGCAGAGUCUCCGUGAUACCAAAUAUGAUUUGGUUCUGACGGACCCUGCAAUUGGUGGAGGGGUGCUUCUGGGUCACCGUCUGGGUCUCCCAAUUGUCUUAAAUGUAAGGUGGACUAUUCAGGGUGAGGGGCAUCAUGCAAUUGCACCAUCCCCAUUCUCCUACGUCCCAAUAUCAGGAACAGAGCUGACUGACAAAAUGACGUUUCCCCAGCGGGUCAAGAACGUUCUUUACUAUUUCUUCACUCGUUUUCAUAUUUGGUAUGUCACAGACCCGAAUUAUAAACCAUUUGUUCAUCGUUACUUUGGAAAUGAUGUACAUUACAUGGAGCUGUUUCAGGCAGCAGACAUCUGGCUGAUGAGGAACGAUUUUACCUUUGAGUUCCCACGGCCGACAAUGCCAAACAUUGUCUACAUGUCAGGAUUUCAGUGCAAACCCUCCAAGCCCCUGUCUAAAGAGCUAGAGAAUUUUGUUCAGAGCUCUGGCGAACAUGGCGUCAUCAUUAUGACUUUGGGAACCUUGGUGGAAAAACUUCCUGAGGACAUUGCUGAAGAUAUUGCUGCUGCUUUUGCCCAAAUUCCUCAAAAGGUGAUCUGGAGGCACAAAGGCAAAAGACCAUCCACCCUUGGCAACAACACCUUACUCAUGGACUGGCUGCCUCAAAACGACCUCCUGGGACACCCCAAGACCAGAGUGUUUGUGGCCCAUGGAGGCACCAACGGAAUCCAGGAGGCCAUCUACCAUGGCGUCCCCCUGGUCGGUCUGCCCCUCAUGUUCGACCAGCAGGACAACUUUUUCAGGAUGAAAGCAAAAGGUGUGGCCAAAGUCCUGGACAUUGCAACUGUGAACAAAGACAUCUUCCUGGAGGCGUUGAAGGAGGUACUCCAUGAACCAACCUACAGGGAGAAGAUGACAAUGCUGUCCAACCUGCACAGAGAUCAGCCCAUGAAACCAUUGGACCGUGCCAUGUUCUGGAUCGAGUUUGUCAUGAGGCACAAAGGAGCGAAGCAUCUCAGGACGGAGUCUUACAAGAUGUCCAACAUCCAGUAUCACUCCAUUGAUGUGGUGGCAUUUCUGCUUGCAGUUAUUUUGCUGGCAUUUAUUGUUUUUAUUUCAACAGUUAAGUUUUUGUGGCGGAGAGUGAUCUCGAGAGGCAAAGCCAAAAAAGAAUAAUGACAGUGCUCCAAGAUUUGUUCCAUUUUCUGUAUCCUGAUUUCUUGUAUAGAAAACAGUAACAUUCAUGAGCUGUUAUGGUUUCCAUAUUGAGAGUCCUGAUCAGGAUAAAGACAGUCCUACAUUGGUAUAACAUUCCUGAGUGCCUGUAGCUGACUCAACACACAAACUUGUCUAAUGACAUCAAUGUUUCUGUUCUGUUCUCUGUUUGUUUGCUAGCAUGAUGUAUAUAUAACAAAUACAAUACAAUUUGGGGACAAGUUAGUUCUUUAGUCAAGAAAUCAGUUUUUAAUCCUUAUCCAGCAACAUUUGGAAGGAUUUGGUGCAGGUUUUAAACAUUUUUCUUAUUCUUGUAAAUUAUUGCAUUUCCUUGAAUAAAAUCAAAAAAGAUAAAUUUUGUAAAAAAAAAAAAAAAAAUUGUCACAUGUAUCUCGUGGUUGUCUAUCACUUGGGCUGGGUGAUGAUUCAAUAGUGCUUAUGACUUCAAGUGAUACAAUGUCAUGUUAUCAUUUCAGAAAUGAGUGUUGUCCAAAUGAUGAUU